CGGGCCGCACCCCAGGCCUCUCCUCGCGCCCGCAUCGCGCCGCGCCGCGCCGCGUCGCAUGCCCCCCAACCCGACGCCGCCGCGCCGAGACCGCAGCAUCCAGCAGGAGGGGACAGGGACGGGGUCCAGGGCGGCGAGCAUGGCGGUGGAGCGGGAUCAGGGCGAGGAGGCGUUCGAGGAGGUGGACCCGACGGGGCGGUUCGGGCGGUACGCGGACGUGCUGGGGCUCGGGUCCGUCAAGAAGGUGUACCGCGGGUUCGACCAGGAGGAGGGGAUCGAGGUGGCGUGGAACCGCGUCCGGCUGCGGGCGCUGGCGGACCGCGACCCCGGCAUGGUGGACCGGCUCCACGCCGAGGUGCGCCUGCUGCGAUCGCUCCACCACGAGCACAUCAUCGGGUUCCACAAGGUGUGGCUGGACCGCGACGCCGGUGUGCUCAACUUCAUCACCGAGGUCUGCACCUCGGGGAGCCUCCGCGAAUACCGCCAGCGCCACCGCCACGUCUCCGUCAAGGCGCUCAAGAAGUGGGCGCGACAGAUCCUCGAGGGACUCAACCACCUCCACACCCAUGACCCCUGCAUCAUCCACCGCGACCUCAACUGCAGCAACGUCUUCAUCAAUGGCAACAACGGACAGGUCAAGAUCGGCGACCUCGGGCUGGCGGCCAUCGUGGACAAGACGCACGUGGCGCACACGAUCCUGGGCACGCCGGAGUUCAUGGCGCCGGAGCUGUACACAGAGACGUACACGGAGUCGGUGGACAUCUACUCGUACGGCAUGUGCGUGCUGGAGAUGGUGACGCGGGAGGUGCCCUACGCCGAGUGCGGCAGCGUCGUGCAGAUCUUCCACAACGUCACCCGGGGCGUGCCGCCCGCCGCGCUCAAGCGGCUCAAGGACCCCGAGCUGCGCGCCUUCAUCGAGCGGUGCAUCGGCCAGCCCCGGAACCGGCCCACGGCCGCCGAGCUCCUGCAGGACCCCUUCUUCAGCGGCAUCGGCGCCGACGACGACGACGACGCGCUGGCGGACGAGGCCAGCGUCGUCGCCGUUCCGCCCGUGCCGCGCCCCAGGAGCUAUGUCGAUGACCUCGCCGGGCUCCGGCUGGAUUAAUUGAUCGAAGCAUUCAUCAAUCAGCACCGGGAUUCCAGUUUAAUUUACAGGUCUUCUUGGUGAAUUCCUGGCCGGCGAGCGAAUUGCAAGUGUCUAUAGAUUAUGUCUCCCUGGCGAUUGAGUAGUUAAUUUGCACUAUUUCUAAUGAUCACCGUGUCCUGCAUGCUGGAUCCUCUACUAUUCUAUGUUCCUUUCCAUUAUGAAUCGCGAUACACUACGGGUAGAAUUAGAUGCCUGUAGCAAUAAAGUAUCGUCAACAAAGAGUAAGUUAGAUCUGGUAGACAUAUAGCUUCAAACAUGUUAUUGUAAUUUUCAUUGGCUUAAUUUGCGCGAGAUGAAGCGCUGUAUUUGACUU